GUAAGUGCCCCCCAAAUCGGGAUAGCCCUCCUACCAUCUGUGUGUGUGAGCUCAGGCCCCCUUCUGGUUGCAUCUAUUUGCUCACAUUUUACAAAGCAGCGGGCUAUCUAGUUUGAUCUCUACAACAGCCAAGCCUAGAAUUUUUACCCUCUCUGACAAGUGCACAAGUGAAAGGUUGAGGCCAAACGGGACACAGGCUGCAGAGCAGGAAGCCGCACAUCCUUAGUCCAGGCUUUUCCUUCUCCCGGUGCUAAGGUCAGUGGGUGAUGGUCCCCACAGGCCAGGAAGGUGGAGACAAGCCCCUGGCUGCUGGGCCAAAAAAGGAACUGCGGCAGAGUUCAGCCCCCUGCACUCAGGAUGCCCCAAGUGAGGAACUGCCCCCCUCCUGCAUCGUCCCCGGGGAGAAGCCACCAUCAGAUCCCCCUGGAGAACCAUCUGGGACAGAUACCAGGAGAGGGGGCCAGCCAUCUGGUUCAGGGACUCUCCACAAAGACAGGUCUCUGGCCCCACCGGGACCCCAGCCUCCUGGGGAAGGCUGUUCCUUCCCAGUGAAAGAGGCAAAGCCAGGGAAGAGGUCCUACUCUCCAGCCUCCAGUAAGCAGAAAAUACCCAGUGCCGCGGGUCUGGCCUCCACACCAUCUCCUGGUGUCACCCACUCAGCCCGUGCCGCACACAACCCAGUGCCUUGUGGGUCAGGCCGGGGGCCCUGCCAUCUGGCUAACCUCCUCAGCACAUUGGCUCAGAACAGCCAAAACACAGAUCAGAAGAGGUCCCUGGAAGUGACCUGCCAAGUUCGGAAAAAGACCCGGACCCUAUACCGCUCAGACCAGCUGGAGGAGCUAGAAAGGAUCUUCCAAGAAGACCACUACCCCGACAGUGAUAAGCGCCGGGAGAUUGCCCAGACUGUGGGGGUUACCCCCCAACGCAUCAUGGUGUGGUUCCAGAAUCGCAGGGCAAAGUGGCGGAAAGUGGAGAAGCUGAAUGGCAAGGAGGACAAGGACAGCCCUGCAGACCCCGCCCCUACCGGGGCCAGCAGUCAGUGCAGCUCUGCAACUGAGCUGCCAGCCGCUGUGCCCAUGGACCCAGAGCCUGGUACCUUCCCUCAGGAACCCCCUCUGGAUUCUCUUGCAGAGCCUCCCAUGCUGCUGGCCUCUGAGCACACUCUGGCCCCAACCCAACAGAGUGAGAGUACUCAGAGGGUAGCAGUGACCCCACCGCUCUUCAGCCCUCCGCCAGUUCGAAGAGUCAACCUUCCUUUUCCCCUUGGCCCUGUCCCCACCCCCCAAAUGAUGCCUCUGCUGCUGGAUACCCCAGGCAGUGACAGCGGCCACAAAGAUGGCUCCUGGGGGACAAGUGUCACCCCACCAUCCACCUGCUCAUACUUGGAGGAGCUGGAGCCCCAGGAUUACCAACAGAGCGCCCAGCCGGGACCGUUCCUGUUCUCCCAGGCUCCACAGAGCCAGCUCUACCAACAGCCUCAGCCCCAGUUCUCCUACCUGCACCCCUUCCCCUUCCCCAUGCCCCACCCCCUGCAGCCUCUGCUGCCAGACGACCCCCUCUUCACCUCGCCCUAUGGCCCCAGUGCGGGGACAUCACAGGGCUACUUCCCAGGGCCGCCGCCUCCAUCAGGGCAGACGGUGCUUCAGCCACCUGCUGGGAAUGCAGGUACAGUCCCCUGGAAUGACCCUUGCUUUCCAGAACUGCCUUUCCCUGGUCCUUUCUGUCCGCAGGCCCUGGGGCAGCCCCCCGGAGGGGAUGGCUACUUCCCUGAUCUGCUCCCAGCCCCCUAUGCUCCGGCCCUGAGCAGGCAGCCUUCCCCUGGUGUAACCCAGCUGCCCGAAGGGGCCAGGCCCGAAACGGGACCCUUCCUCGGCAGGGCCCCCGAGGAGCAGCCUGCCCCCUGUGUGGAGGGGCCCCCCGCAGCCGAGGAGCUCCGAGCGGAAGAGAAGGACAGCUGUGGCCCCUAAGUGCGGGGCCAAGCAGUGUGGAGGAGCAGGAGAGGCUUGGUGCCCCCUCCAGGAGACAGCGAUGUCAGGACAGACUGCAGAGUCUCCUGACCCGGGGGAAAUCGGACGUUUCCCCUCUGUGGGCUCACCUUGCUGGACCUGAUUGGAGAAGGAUGAGGGCCAGCCCGCCCUCUUGUCCACACCUCUGUGUGACCACCCUAAGAAAGGGAUGGUCCCUAUGAUUUCUGAAUGCUGUGUACAUUUCUGUUGUUUCCUUUCCUUGCCAGACAAACGCAUGUCUGUUGUAAGUGAUAGACUAGUGCAUUCUUGGGCCUCUCUGUGCAGCUCUGUGUCUCCCCACUAAGAGCUGCAUUUCUUUCACCACCAUCCACUCAGCUGGCCGGUUGUGGGAUGCAGUCCUAAGUGCCCCAAGUGAGGUCCCCGUUGGGCAUGACCCCAUGGAACCUGGCAUCUUUCCUGGGCCCAUCUCCUACUGGAGGGGAAAUCAGGCAUCUUGGGCCUGUUUUUCACUCCUGACAUUAACUCUUAUUCCCAAACUCAGGACUGAACCUGAGCAAAUUUGAGCACCAGCGUCUGUCUGGAAUUUGGGCAUUGUAGGGAUAGGAUUACAAGAGACACCCAAGGAUAUUUCAGGUCAAGUCUCCGUGUUGUGAACCAGAACUUAU